AUGCCAACCCCCCCGACUCGAUUUCAUUUGUUGGUAGCUUGGAGGAUUAAAAGCAUGACUCUUGCUUUCCAAUUGGCUGUUUUUGCAUUAAUUGCUACUUCAUCAAUCUUAUUGAUUAGUGUACCCGUUGUAUUUGCUUCUCCUGAUGGUUGGUCUAGUAACAAAAAUGUUGUAUUUUCUGGUACAUCAUUAUGGAUUGGAUUAGUCUUUCUGGUGGGUAUCCUUAAUUCUCUCAUCUCUUGA